AAAAUUACCAAUGAACUAACAUGUACUAAAACGACGUUAGCAAACGCAGUGAUGUACAAAUCGACCAGUUGCCUCCUUCAUAACCCAAGACAUAUUGAACUUUAACAUCACAGUAUGGAUCCCAUUGGACCAGGAAAUCAUGAACGAGCUUGGAAUGAUCCACCAAAGUUUGCUUAUAAUGCCAGUGCUGGAGGUGCGCCAGGAAGCUCAGGUGGCAGACGUCGUUUAUUGAAUAAGAGAGUUGCUGUACCUAUUGGCCCGACAAGCAAUGUCAGUCCAGUAUGUCCUGCUUUGAAGUCAAGUGAUACCCCACCUAAUAUAGGAAGUGCUCCACCUAGGCCACCUACAGUUGGUCCACCACCAGUUCCACUACCUCUUAAGAAUCAUAAUAGUACAGCUAAGACUCUUGUAAAUAAUGUUACAACAGAAGCAGACAUUGACCAUAAUCCCAAGGAAAUCCUAGAGGAAGUGGAAUUAUCACUCAACAAUUCACUCCAGAGUAUCGAUAUUGAAAUUAAGCAUAAUAUUCGGGAUGAGAUCAGCAAACGUAUUCAUACGAUGAAAACAAUGUGGCUUGAUGGAAAACUCAAUGAAGCAGUUCAGAAGCGAAUGUUGUCCCUUGCUAAAGCUCUCGAUCACCAGGAAUAUGAAACCGCAUGGACUUUGCAUCUGGGUCUCAUUGUAGAUUACACAAGUCUUUGUUCUCCAUGGAUGGUUGGUGUCAAGACACUAAUAGCCGAAUGCCGCAAUCGGUCAAAAUGUAGAGCAAACGAUUUGCCAGGUAGCGCAGUGCAAGUUCUAGAUACAACUGGAGAGGGCGAGGAAAAUAAAGCUGUAGCAGUUAUAAGUUCUGUUAUGGCUGUUGGAGAUAUCUCGUUAAGCAAGACAGAAGGCAGUGCAUUGAGUGAGGGUGAUGAUAAUACAGGUAUUUGUAACAUUGUUUCUGGCUCUAUCAACAGUACUCGGGAAACCGAAAAAGAAAUCGACAGUGGCACAUUAGAAUAGAUCUUAAAAGCUUUUACAUUUGUACUUUUAAUACAAUAUACUGUAUAUGUUUCUAAUAAAAUUUGGUUUGUUUAGUUUUUGUUUUGUAGGCUUUCUUGAGGAGCCUCUUGGUGGCUCCUUGAAGCUAUCCUACUAAGAUAGCAUCCUACUCCUACUAAGUCACAUCAAGCAUAGGAGUCCUGUUUGGCCUACUGGAAACCAGAGACAGAACCAGGCCAUCCCUCACAGAGGCACGGGCAGCUGGGGAUGCUUAGAAUCACCCACACCAAGAUAGCAUUCCAAAAAGUACGCAAGGCAAUGCAAACAACUGCAAGGUUCACAUAAACCGAAGCACCGAAACAGCCAAAUGAACUUUCAUAUGAUUCACUCAAUUCCAAACAAUUCAUUCAAACUAGCUGAAACCCUCUAGUGCGAAAGGCCAUCAACAAGUGGCACCCUGGGAGUCCCAGGCUUCCAUGCUAGCAAUGAGUCAGUCCUAUCACUGAUGUCUUGAGCAAUCAAACCUUUCCAAGUCACUGGCCAUAGCAAUUCCCACUUCUUUUCAAGAUAAUUGUAGGCCACACCUUGAACUUUGUCCUGUGUGGGCCAUUUGCUUGUGUGUCAUUCCUAGUCUUUAGUAUUUGCUUCAAGCAUGUCUGUUUACAAUUCACCCUUGUUACAUGGACUUGGUCUAAUAUUCACUAUGAGCUGCAUGUAUGUAGGGCAGUCCUUUCCUAAACUCAUUUAGCAUAGCCCCUGCACGGACAAUGUGACUUUUUAGGCAUGUUAGGGAGUUCACCCCUAAAAACCCGGACCACUGGGAUAAAGAGCCUUGCUAUAGGUAAUGCAGGAGUCAUUGACUCCUCUGUGGGACCCUGCAGUUGGGGGCAUUUGGUUUUUGUUUCUGGUGCACUAAAGGUUUGCAUGCUUGUUCAUAUAGCAUGUCACGGAAGUUCUUUAUUGCCAUGUUUAUCCUAUAGACUGCAUUCUGUGUCAGUUCUUCUGGCAAGCAUUCCUAAUGCCUGGGUGUCCAGCUUGGUCACAUUCCUUCAAGCCACAGUAACUUCCCUGCAGUCUGCGGUGCAGCUCAUAUUGGACUGACUUAAUGAACCUGCACUUGCUAUUUACAAGUUUGAGGGUUGGCCAACAGCUUUGUUAUAAACCGAUGGUCAAUUCUUCUGUCUCCUGCUGCCUGUUGGGUGGGUAUUACUCUGAGGCCUGCAACAUUGGGGUUCACAGGUUCAUUUUUUUGUUCAAGCCUAUAAUUUAGGUUUUUGUUUCUUUGCUUCUGUAGUGACAAUGCUUUACUGGUAGCUGCCACUUUGGGUUUUUGCACAUGUAUGCCGCUUCAUGCUUGGGUAGUUGCUCCAGAGUCGGCACAUUUUGUUUUGGAAAUUUUGGGGAUGAUUUUUCCAUUUUCUCUGUUGCUAGGCACCUUCAGGUAGCCAUUAAGAGGAGGCUCAAGGAAACCAUAUAUGAAUGUAAGAAAAUGUUUCUUUCUGGUAGAGCAUUCGUGGAUCCCUGAUUCCCUGUCCCCCUACCAGGGGAAUUGGUUUGUGAUUUCUUGGUUCUGGACUGGCUCAUUGCUGACAUGGGAGCCAGGAGCUUCCUAGGUGCCACCUGUUGGCGGUGUUUUGCACUAGGCGGUUGAAGCUUGUUCGAGUAAAUUAUUUGAAAUUGAGUGAAUCAUUUGUGACUGAGUGUUUUGAUGCUUUGUUUCAUGUGAAUUGUGUACAGUAUUUGUUUGUAUUGCCUUGCUUAUUUUCUGGAUGCUUUUCAGUGUGGGUGAUCAUAACAAUCCCAGCUCCCUCUUGUCUGUGAGUGAGCCAGGUUCUGACUAUGGUCUCCAGUAGGCCAAAUAGGACUCUUAUGACUGAUGUGACAAUAAUGAGAAGCCAUCUUAUUGAGAUGGCUUCACUGAGGCACCGAGGCUCUAUCGGAAAGAGGCAUUUCAUUACAUUCAAAGCCAGUUUUUUAAGGAGUGAAAAAAUAGUACAGUAAUGUA